CAUUUAUUGUGAUUUGGUUUUACUUUUCAGACUUCUUGAAAUGGAAAUUUGAAUUACGUAAGAGCUCACUGGUGCAAUAUAUGAACAGCAGAAGUUCAAAAGGACGAGAUGGUGUGCCAAAGGAAGAUUUUUUAGUCUGUGACUGAUUACAAUUGAGUAGGGAUUUAAAAACCAAAGAAGGAAGAAAGCAAUCACUAAAAUCACAAGGAUCGAGAAAGACAACUCGGUCUUGUCCAUCUCCUAUGACUGUGAUGCAUAACCCAGAUACAAGUUUGUCAGUAAUGUACUGGAUGGAUCACAUGGGCAUGACCAUGGAAUUGCUCAUUAAUCCCUUGACAAAUCGACAAGGGAUAAUCUUGCUAGGAGGCUGCAGGAUGGAGUUUCAAUGCAGCACAUCAUGGACAACAUAAGAACACAUGGAAUAGACAACGAUCCAAGAGCACUCCUAAUUGAUAGGGUGGAUCUGCAUAACAUAAAACGAGAUUACAAUAUUGAUUACUGCACAAAACUUCACAACGAUGAUGAAACAAGUAUAACAUUGUGGGUGCAAAAGAUGGCAGAACUCAAAGAGGAUUCACCAGUUCUAAUAUUUAAAAAUCAAGACUUCUUGAAAUGGAAAUUUGAAUUACGUAAGAGCUCACUGGUGCAAUAUAUGAACAGCAGAAGUUCAAAAGGACGAGAUGGUGUGCCAAAGGAAGAUUUUUUAGUCUGUGACUGAUUACAAUUGAGUAGGGAUUUAAAAACCAAAGAAGGAAGAAAGCAAUCACUAAAAUCACAAGGAUCGAGAAAGACAACUCGGUCUUGUCCAUCUCCUAUGACUGUGAUGCAUAACCCAGAUACAAGUUUGUCAGUAAUGUACUGGAUGGAUCACAUGGGCAUGACCAUGGAAUUGCUCAUUAAUCCCUUGACAAAUCGACAAGGGAUAAUCUUGCUAGUAUGUUUAUUCAUAAUGAGCAGUAACUUAUUUUGCUUACUCAUAAACAGUUUAUUAUAAAUAUUGUUAUAUUUUCCAAGUAUGUAUUCAUGACAAAUAUUUGUGGAAAUGAUAUAUUCUGUAUAAUUUGUUGUUGGUACAUAGUUGUUCUUGUUACAAUCAUUGAUGAAAAUGUUGAAUUUUCAAGGUAGACACUGCAAAAACCAGGAAGUGGACUCAGAGAGAAGAUUUAAAAUAAUUUAUCUUUCUCUAAUAAAUAAUAUUUUGUAAUUUGUAGUAGUUCAUACAAUCAUUAUUAAGUAUGAUUUUCAUAGUUAGUUCAUGGGAUGUUAAUCCUAUUAUAUCAAGCAAGCAAUUUCUGUAUAUUUAUAUCUGGUUAUUUAUGUUCAAUGGAUCUCAGAAACGGCUCUAACGAUUUUCACGAAAUUUGGAACAUAGUAGGUUUAUGAUAUAAG